AUUCAAACUCAUGUGGGACUCUUAUAUCAGAACAAGAAAAUGUGUUGGAAUGUCAGACUGCACGUUUAAAAUUCACACCGAACAAUGUAAAUGCAAAGCGCGUGUGGUUCAAAGAAGACAAGAGGUUAAUUGAGCUUUUAAACAGCAAGAACAAACGUGAUGGAACUAAAUACCAUGAAUCAAGAAAUGGCGGCACUUUCAUUCUAUCUAUUUCGGAUGUAGGAUUAGCGGACAAUGGCUCAUAUAUUGUGCAGUGCGAAGAUACCUAUUAUAGCAACCGCUCAAUUUUAAUCAUAACUUCAAAAUUUAAAACGGGAGUUUGCAACGACAAAUGUGGCGAACUUUCGGUUAACACACUCACUACCACAGAAGGAGAUCCAGUAAUUUUUCAAAUUACUAAUUCACCUAUUAAAGAUGUCACCUGGCAGAAGAAACUUGGUUCGAUCUUUAAAAACUUAGAAGGUGAAAAGUAUCAAGUGACAUUUGAUAAUAAAACGACUCACAGCCUUUCGAUUUUAGAAACAGAAUAUGAAGAUACAGGCGAAUACAGAGUUAAUUGUGGCUCGACGGUGUCGAAUACAGUCUAUCUCAAUAUUGUAUACAGUAAACCAUCCGUCCCGACAUUUUCCAACGUGGAAGUCCAAGAAUAUUGUAAACCUCAGCAAUGUAUAGUGGCUAUUGUAAAUAAAUUACAAACGAUAGAAUGUUUCGUGAAAGGUGGAUCAAGGGAAAUGACCCUAAAUUUGCUAAAGAACAACACAAAAUUAACAAAUACCAAUCAAACGCAUAAAAAAAUAUAUUCUAUUUCUCAUUACCAUAUAAGAUAUACGUUUAUACCAAGUCAAACUGACACUGACAUCAGAUUUACGUGUACGGUGAAGAAUACAUCUCAUUCAGUACAAUCAUCAACAUCUGUGAUUAUGUAUGUCAUAGUUCCCCCAACCAAGAUUGAGGUGAAUGCUAACGAGGUAAUAGAAGAAGAACAAGGUGAAGUUCAAUGUAUAGCAAUAAAUGGGAGACCGCCGCUAAAGUUGGACUUGUCUAUCGAUAGUAAAUUAGAGACUAAUACAAGGACAAAGACUAAAACAAAGCCAGGGAAAUUGUACGAUACCAUUACGUCAACAACAAGGCCCUUUACACGGGUUGAUAAUCAGAAGAAGAUAUUGUGUUGUAGCAAUAUUGGAGGGAAGAUAUGUGGAGAGACAAAACUCAAUGUAUUGUGUAAGUGAUUUUAUUGAUUAUUCAGUUUAUUUGUUUGAUUGUUUAAAUCGUAGUAAAAGAAUAAAUAAAUACAAUGCACUCAUUUUUAACAUCGAUUGUAGUUGUUUGAGCUCUUGCGUGCGUGACAUUUUUGUCAAGUUAUUGGUAUACAAAAUCCGCUAUGACUGUCAAUGUCAACGUGACUUGUGAAGUGUAAGGACCAAAGUCGCAUGCGUUGUCGGGUUAUUGGUCGGUUUGUUGAGAUAACAUUGUGAAAAAGAGCACAUGGGUGAUAAAAUUAGUAAUGUAAACUUUUAUUUACGUGUAAUUUACA